AUGUUGACAUGUCCAAUCAAAGAUACGGCCGCCACUGCAUUGGCACUUUGGUUGGAACCGGUGCUAUGGUCAUAUGACACGAAAAUAGAGAUCUUUGACCACGUUUACCAGUGGUGGGUCUUAGUGUAUAAGAAGGGGUACCAAUCGAGGGAAGAGACCGUCCAGAGCUCUGUCAUCACCAAGCUGAAAGGAGUGGUCAUGACCAACAACACAGAAUUUGGACUUUACCUAUGGGGGGCUGAGGAUUAUGUCAUACCUCCAACGGGUGAACAAGUCUUCUUCAUUGUUACAAACUACCUCGAGACCCCAAAUCAGAGGCUUGGGUUCUGUGCUGAGAGCCCUAAGGUGCCAGAUGGCCAAUGUGUAAACAAUGAGGAUUGUGCCGAGGGUGAGGUGGUAAUAGCUGGCAAUGGGGUAAAGACUGGACUGUGUUUAAACUCUACAGGGACCUGUGAGAUACAUGGCUGGUGUCCCGUCGAGACGGGCCGGAAACCCUCGGAGGCUUUAUUAAGCAAGGCAGAAAACUUCACAAUUUACAUCAAGAACUUUGUCAGGUUUCCGAAGUUUGAAUUCUCCAAGUCAAAUGUUCUGGACACCGGUAAUGACUCCUAUCUAAAGAGAUGUUCCUAUGACAACGUCCUCCAACCCUACUGCCCCAUCUUUCGUCUGGGAGACCUGGUCAGCAGGACUGGACACGACUUUCAGGACAUGGCUGUAGUGGGUGGGUCAGUUGGAAUUCUGAUUGAGUGGAACUGUGAUUUGGAUAAGGACUACUCACAGUGUAACCCAAAGUACAGCUUUACUCGUUUGGAUAUCAACUUAAACAGCACUGUCACGUCAGGCUACAACUUCAGAUAUGCCCGGUAUUACAAAGACGAAGCUGGAGAGAGCUUCCGGACUUUAUAUAAAGUCUAUGGGAUUCGCUUUGAUAUCAUGGUGAAUGGACGGGCUGGAAAAUUCAACAUCAUUCCCACAGUAAUAGCUAUUGGGUCUGGGCUCGCUAUUAUGGGCAUGGGAAAAUUUGCGUGCGAUAUGAUAUUCAUCUACAUGAUGAGCACGAGUUCCUACUUCCGAGACAGGAAAUUUGAGAUUCUCAAGAAAGAACGGAUUAAGAAGCACAAAGAGAGUGCGAAGACAGUGGUGAACCGAGACACAAGAAAACACAGGACACAUGCUGGGGAACAACAUGAGCUCACCACACUCUCUACGAAAAAAGAGGAGAAACCAGAGCCCACCACUCAGGACGCGGAGAAACAGGACCUUAAAACUGGGGAGAAAAAUGAGGUUGGCCGAUUGAGGUCAGAAGACUUGUUUCUCAAGAAAGACGUGAGACAAAGAGGUGCUGCUAUCGUCAAGACGGCUAGACUGCGUCCUCUAGCAGGUGGAAAGGGAAACGAGGGUGGGUGAGGUGGUGAUCCUGAUGCCCACCCUCCUUCUCUACCAGCGGAGGUUGCUGAUGCUGACACUUGGCUCUGGUUUUCCAAUGUCUCAAGAGUGAUGUGUGUGCUGAUUGGAAUGAUGGUGACUGAUAGGCUAGCAAAGAGAAAUGGCAAUGCUCUCAUCUCCUUACACUUUACUGGUGCAAUGACAAUGCAGACGCUCUAUGAAGCGAGAUAUUUAUCAAAGAGAAAAAGCACCAUUGCAUUUCUGUGGUAUCAUAUUUAUUUGUUUAAGAUGGAAGCAUAAUGCAUCUGGUGUCAAAUAGGCCAUGCAAUCAAACCAUGGUAGAGGACUGAACUAGGUUAUGCUGGCUGUGGUGUUUCUUCACACCUAAAGAGACAGCUUUUGUAGUAUAAUUAAAUCCUUGUGAGUCAUAUUAUGGAAUUCCACAUAUCGUGAGAUUAGGCCUACAAUUGCUUUCUCACGUCAUUGGAAAAUACACUGGGUGUGAGGUUGUCUAUCAUAAAUACUUUGCAUUUAAUGUGAUUACUUGUAAUGUCCAUCAUGUAUUGACUGGGGACGUAUUUGUGAAGGAAUGUAACUGUUUUUUUGAGMGAUUUUUUUGUGUGCUUCCCAUGACUGUGUUUUUGUAUAAAAAAAAAAGAUAUAUAUAUUAGUGCAUAUCAAUGUUGUACUAUACAGAGUGCAUUUGAAAAAGAGACCUAGAUCUCAUUAUGUCUUCCCUGUUAAUAUAAAUGUCCUGUGACUAAAGGAGUGGUUUGUAAUG